AAUCACAUAUAAAUAUUCUCUUGAACGCGAACGAAGCCCUCCCCUUCUCCUGGAUCUCCCUUCCCGUCGUAACAGCUUCGCGGGAGGGUAUCUUCCUUCACUCCCAAAUCUUGAUCCCAUCCUCUCCAUCGGAAAACCACUCGCUCGCAAGAAUACCACCAGCGGUUUUCCGGCCAUCAGACCCUAGCCUUUGAGAGGAAACAGCAGCAGGAGAGGCAGUAAACAUGGCGGUUGGUAAGAACAAGAGGAUUUCUAAGGGUAAGAAGGGAGGGAAGAAGAAAGCUGUUGAUCCUUUUGCGAAGAAGGAUUGGUAUGAUAUCAAGGCUCCAUCAGUGUUCAAUACGAGGAACAUUGGGAAAACCCUGGUCUCAAGGACUCAAGGAACCAGGAUUGCUUCAGAGGGUCUCAAGCAUAGGGUGUUCGAAGUAUCCCUUGCAGAUCUCCAGACUGAUGAGGAUCAGGCUUACAGAAAGAUUCGCCUUCGCGCAGAGGACAUUCAAGGAAAGAACGUCCUUACCAAUUUCUGGGGUAUGGACUUUACUACCGACAAGCUUAGGUCGCUAGUAAGGAAGUGGCAGACAUUGAUCGAGGCUCAUGUUGAUGUGAAAACCACUGACAACUACACAUUGAGGAUGUUCUGCAUUGCAUUCACAAAGAGACGCCCAAACCAGGUGAAGCGCACUUGCUAUGCCCAGUCGAGCCAGAUCAGACAGAUUCGUCGCAAGAUGAGGGAGAUUAUGUUAAAUCAAGCUUCAUCCUGUGACCUGAAAGAGUUGGUUGCAAAGUUCAUUCCUGAGUCAAUUGGGAAGGAAAUUGAGAAGGCAACUUCGGGUAUUUACCCUCUCCAGAAUGUGUUUAUCCGCAAAGUUAAAAUCCUGAAGGCACCCAAGUUUGAUCUUGGCAAACUUAUGGAGGUCCAUGGUGACUAUAGCAAGGAGGAUAUUGGUGCUAAGGUGGACAGGCCUGCCGAGGACACUCCUAUGGAAGGGGAACAACAAGAGAUCGUUGGUGCUUAGAUUUAGUCAUGGUGAUGUUUUCAUUUUUCUUAUGCUGAGUUGCUUAGUGACCUGACUAGUUUAUUAUGUUUGGGCAUGUUUAAUUAAUGACUAUCAUGAAUUUUACUGCAAGUAGUAGUUGUUGAACUUGGAAUAUAUUUCUUUGGAAUUUGCUUGUUGAUGCUGUGCGUGCG